AUGGGUACUCCCGACGAAGAGCUAGGGAAUAUUAUGACCGAACAGCUUGCCUCUCGUCUCCAAUCACCUCCAGCAGAAUCCUCACUGCAACAUGAAGUGCACCGUGAAGAUUCAACUUCUCACCCUAAACCUGAAAAACAGAAAGGUUUAGAGAGCCUAGAUGACACUCAUAAUAAGAAGCCGGAAUCCCACGAAGUAAAGAUCCAUGUUGAUGAACCUUUACAUCAUCAGCAUCAUCCAGAUGGCUUCGCAUUGGCACCGGAACCUGAGGCUAAACUCACAGAACAUCUACCGGAGGAGGAAGAUUUCCCCGUACUUGCUUCGGAUGAAAUUGACCCAAGCUCUGCGGCAUUGCAACCUGCUGUAUCCCCUCCCUUUGAACAUAAACACCAUGACCACAUACAAGAUACUGAAUCUUCCCAGCAAAUGGAACUACCACGCCCUACAGGUUCUGGGAACAAAGGUCUUGAAAGUAACCCUAGGGAUCAGGAUGAAAGUGAAUCUGUGCCUGUAAAGCAUACCAAAGAAUACGAACCCCUAUUCCAUGAUGAUGACAACGAAAGACGUCUAUCUCCGGAGCAGCGCUUCAAGUCACCAGUCAGCCACACGCAGAGGUUUCCUAGUAAGGAUAUCUGGGAAGAUGCUCCCAGUAGUGCCCAGCUUCAUGCAACUGUGUCAACUCCAGAUAUACCCAAACGGCCUAAGAAGGAUGGAUCAGAACAUGAGGCUCUAUUUGAGACACCUGAACAGGAACAAGAAAGGGUGCGAGAAGCAGAUAAGAUGCUGGAAAAAUCUGGCUUGGAGGAGCCUCCUGCUCAUCUAGAGGGAUCUCGAUCGGAAGAGGAGGGUCCAAAACAGCGUUUUCCUAGCAAAGAUGUCUGGGAAGAAGCCCCCGAAAGUCAACAGCUCACUACUGCCGUGGAAGCACCAGCAGACUCCGAGAAAUCAGAAAAGCCAGAAAAGCCAUCAUUGCCUUCACUACCACCCAGACCUUCAAGGCAACCCGAUAGAUCUUCCACAGAGGAACAGGGGGAUAUAUCACCAACGAAGACUCAAACCACCAGUCCAACUGAACUAAAGAAGCGGCCAUCAAUCCCUGAUAGGCCAAAGCCACAGGUUCCCCAGAGACCUACAAGGAAGAAGGGCCAAGAAUCAGGUGAACCGUUGUCAAAAACUAUAUCUGGAGAAAAUGCAGAUGAUGCAGCCCCCCCUGCUACAAAAUCCAAGCCAGCACUUCCUCCCCGGGCAGUUGGCUCGAAGAUUGCAGCCUUGAAAGCAGGGUUCCUUUCUGAUCUAGAUAGCCGUCUUAAACUCGGUCCACCAGCUCCCAAACCGAAGGAAACGGAGAAAGAGGAAGAGAAGCCAGCAGAGAAAGGCCCACUCAGUGACGCCCGCAAGGGAAGGGCUAGAGGGCCACCAAGAAGAAAACCUGCUGCCAAGUCUACUCCGGCAGUAGCAGAGACUGAGAAGCCACAAACUCCAGAAAUCAAACUUGCUGAUCCAUGGAAUGUUUGGUCAAUCGGUCCUGACGGGGAGGUGAACGUCCCGGGCAGUCAGCAGGGUAAAUCCCCUUCUGAGCCCAAUGAUAUCCAGUCAGAAUCUCCCUUUGCACCUCCCCCCACGAAAGCAACUGUGUCACCUCCCGAAGACCUGGAGAGCCAAGCACCCCCGCCAUCCAGCAUUGACAAGGCUGUGGAAUCCGCGGUUUUCUCUCAGGCUGCAGAAGCUGAAGGCGACCACGCUCCUUCUGAAGUGACACGUUCACCGCCACAGCCAGCCGCGGAGGAACCCCUUUCUUCCGAUCUAGUAUCCAGCGAACACUUGGAGGAGCCUGAAGCUCCAGCUGAGGCAGAAACUGAUACAAGGGGAUCUGGUGAGAGUAAUGCCAAGUCAGAACCUUAUUCUGGAUUGAGAGCAUCUGGAGAAGCUCUAAAUGCCGCUGGUAUAAUGGAUAAACUAAAGAGACCCAGCUUUGAGGAGGCUUGUGUGCCAACAGUUGAAGCCGAAGUCGAGCGAACAUCAAUGGCUGAGUCCAGAGGCGAGGGCGAAGAUGCGAAGCCCAUCGAGAAACAAUAA